UCUUGAAUUACACUCAUCCAUCACAGAAGGAGUACGGUUUAUCUACAGAGAAGCGCAAAGCCCCACAGAGGACAGCAGCAUGGGGAGCAGCAUGUCAUGUGUACCCCAGCACAACUUCAGAUUUUCCAGCAAGAGUUUCAUACGCAGAAACAGCAGCCGCUUGUUUCGCAAGAAUAAUCCCCAAGAGGGACAGGAGAAAUCUAACAGCAUCAUCAAUAUCCUGUGUACUGUGACACCAAGGAAGGAAAUGUCCUCUAAAGAUCUGGAGACGAUAGACAACAUAAAAUGGGAUCCUCCGUUUCCUUAUGACCCAGCCAGUGGCUGGAAGAAGAGCAGCAUCAAUGUGAAGAAUUAUGGACGGAUGAUUCACAGCUCCAAAGUUCGUUUCCGCUUCCUCCACUGCCAGGAUAUACAUGAUUGCUACCUGGAUCUCUUCCAGACACACCUUCAUUUUGUAUCCAACAACACAACUGGACUGACAUACCAAGGAACUCUUCCAUUGAAAGAAAUCACCAUCUGCAACUUGCAACAGAACUGCAACCACAGCCAACCCCAGGAUUUCGCCUUUCAAAUAAACGGUGUCAGCCUUAACCCCAUCAUCGUCUACUGUGCCAACCAAAAAGAAAUGGACCUAUGGUUUGGCUUGCUCAAAGAAAAUAUUGAGGUCAAUGGAGGCACUGCAAUUGCACCUGAAAACUACACUAGAGUGAAAUUAAACCAGGGUGAGGCUCCUGAAGGCAGAGAGGAGCUGAGGAACUCCAUCAACAGAGAGCCAAUCUAUGAGUGGGAGGGCUCUCAGCGGGACAGCCUGGGCCUCAUCACCUAUGUAACCAAAGUUAGACUGCAGCACCUGCCCUGUCAGGAACAGAGUGACAGACUAUUGGUGAUGUACCCAUCAACGCUGAUCAUCCUAUCAGAGGAGAACGAUGGGCUCUUCUAUAAGGGGAAGCUUCCGCUCAACAUGAUCACUGUGACCACACCCUGCCAAGACGUCAAACCCAACACAUUUAUGAUUGAAGGGAAGCUGAUCAACCCUAUUGUGGUGUCGUGUCUGGAUAGGGCUGAGUUCUGCGAAUGGAUCCAGCAUUUUAAAGUUGCUGACGUGCCCAUUCUCAGCCCCCCGCCCCCUGUGUAUGACAUAAUCUACACCCCAACACAGAGAGAGGCUCCACAGUUUGACAGGUGGAGUGGAAACAGCCAAGGACGAACUGAGUCUGUAAAGUUUAGCCAGUCACGGAGUGGGCACGGGUCCCACAACCUUCAGUUACCCAUUCAUGAAGACAACCCUCUGUCCCCAGGAUACACCGAACCCUACUGUUACAACUCCAGCCGUCCCUGCUCAAGUGAGACUGCCCACCUGGGCAGCAGGACCAACAGUGUGUCUUCCCACACCAGGCCUGAGAGUGACCGACUACCUUUUUCACUGCGCUACUCCUCCCCGCAGCACAGCUCCUACCUCCAGCCUGCAGAGAGCUCAGUCCCGUCUCAGAUCUACAGCAGACCCUACUCUGCCCUGCACCGUGCCAACCCACAACGGGUGGAGAAGGCCCCGCUUGUCAAGUCUAAGAGCUGGAGCACCCCUCAGACAUCCCUGAACUCCUCCCUGAACACACCCCAACGCCACUCUGACAUGUGUGCCCCGCGACAACCCUUGUCACCCCUGUACGAUGAGCCCUGUAGCCCUGAAAUCUACUCCCUGAGUGACGCCAGGCCAGUGCACCAGAACUGGCAAGAGAUGAUCGAGCACCAGCCGCAGCAGGGCCCUCAGCUUCUACCCUCUUCCUUCCAGCUCCACACCCCUCCCAUGGGCAGGCGCUGCAGGAGAAGCCUGGUUCUGACCAAUCCCCAGGGACAGGCUCUGGGUCUGGAAAUGGAAACUCCUCAGAGCCAAGCAGAGCAGAGAGCCGAGGCUGUGUCAAGACUAAAGUUACUGCCUGUGCCUGGCCAAGCACAAGAGCAGAUGAUACUCCCGUCAAGCUCUGUGAGGAACACCUCUCAGAUGCCCUACAGUUACUCAUCAGAUCACCAUUCAUACCUCGAACCCACAGAACCAGAUGACCAGGAAAUGGACUAUGACAACAUUUGGGAGUAUGACUGUAAUACUGGAAUGAUUCAGCCAGCGUGUGGAAUUUCGUCGCUCUGGACAGGAUUAGACUAUGGGGCCAGGGGCCUCGGUGCCAUGGCAAUGCAGCAGAGAUGGUCAUAAAAAAAAAAAAAAAGGUCGGCACUUGUCUGGACGUGUGCAAACAACAGAUCUCUGUCAGAGGGCUAAUAAAAGCCAACUAGCACAGUCUGUAAUUUUUAUGCAGUGCAGUGACCGCCUGGAAAAAAAUAAAAAUAAAACAAUCCCAUGAACUGCAUUGUGAAAUGUUGGGCAGUUAAGUAACGGAAUAAAGGGCAUAGAUAUGAAGAAGAAUAGGUAAAACAACACAAUGAAAGUGAUAAGAGACAGACUUCAGCUGUCUGUUUGAUAUGUAGCAUUCAAGAAAAAAAGUGUACAAACUGUGUAGCUUUAAUUUUAUUUUUUACUGUAUUACAUAAUUGCACUGAAGUUUUCAUAUGUAGUGCAAGUGUCCUAUUUUUAAUACAGUAUUUUCUAGCAUACUGUUAUGUUUAUAGUUCCUAUUGUUUCUACUUAACCUAUAAAAGGCAUUCCAUCAGGGCUUGCUCUAGUAAAGGAUGUAUAUUUUGCAAAUGUUAUACAUUUAUUAUUUUAUUAUACUACACUGUCUAGGCAAAUAGAUGACUGACUGACUGCCUUAAAUAUCUUAAUAUUGCUAUCACUACUGCAGAGUACUGAUAUCUGUGUGGCUUCCUUUCUCCUUUUUG